CUCUUAUAACUAGUAGAGGAAACAAAUCAGAAUCUGUUGUCUUCACUCUUCAACAUUUUGUAAUAUCAAUGCGUUCACUGAACCCAAGAAAACAAAAGACAUUUCGGUAAUCCUGUGGUGGUAGGUAGCGAGUCACGGGACAACCUACUUCAUUUCUCAUUCAAUUCAAACCUAGUAUAUCUUCCAUGUUCCAGUUCUAAUUCAACUUGCAUACCAUUUCCCCUUCCCAAACCAAAACCUGUGCCACCACCAUGACGGCUCAAACCGCCAACACGCCGCCGCAUGUCCUUGUAAUUCCAUUCCCAGCUCAAGGUCACAUGAUCCCCCUCCUCGAUCUAACCCACAAACUCGCCACCACCAACAAAAACAUCACCAUAACCAUUCUCACCACCCCAAAAAACCAUACAUUCCUAACCCCUCUCCUCAACUCCCACCCUUCAAUCAUCCACCCAUUAAUCCUCCCUUUCCCAUCUAACCCUUCCAUUCCUCACGCAGUCGAAAACGCCAGAGACUUACCAAACUCAUUUCUCACCUUCAUCCUCUCUCUUUCAAAUCUCCACCACCCUCUUCUCCAAUGGUUCCACUCUCACCCUUCUCCUCCUCGCUUCAUCAUCUCCGACAUGUUCUCCGGUUGGACGCAACAUCUCGCUUCUCAACUCAACAUUCCUCGACUCGUUUUCUCUCCUUCCGGUGCCUUCGCUUUCUCCACCAUGUGUUUCCUCUGGAAGAAUCUCCCAACGCGUGUAAACCCCACCGACGAAAACGAAGUUGUUUCGUAUCAAAGUAUCCCGAAUUCCCCAAACUACCCUUGGUGGCAAGUUUCUCCUCUCUUUCGUAGCUAUGUUCCCGGCGACGCUGAUUCGGAGAAAGUGAGGGAUUUGUUUCUUUGUAACACUCAAAGCUGGGGACUUAUUGUUAACACGUUUGAUGAAGUUGAAAAGCCGUAUAUUGAUUAUCUGAAAACUGAAAUGGGUAACGAUCGUGUGUGGGCGGUUGGACCGUUACUCCCUAUGGAUGAUGAUAAUGAUUCAUCUACCAUGGUUUUACAAAGAGGUGGGUCGAGUUCUGUUUCAGCAAACGACAUCGUUUCAUGGCUUGACAAACGAGAAGACAGAAAAGUGGUGUACGUUUGUUUCGGUAGUCAAACUAUUCUUACUAAGGAACAAACGGAUGCUAUUGCAUUUGGGUUGUCGAAAAGUGGGGUCCAUUUUAUAUGGUCGAUAAAAGAGGAUGCGAAGACAGAAAACGAGCUUGUUGUCGGCAGAGGACUUGUGAUUAGAGGGUGGGUCCCGCAGGUUUUGAUUCUGAGGCAUAGGGCUGUGGGAGCGUUUUUGACUCAUUGUGGAUGGAAUUCGGUGUUGGAAUCGGUGGUGGCUGGGGUUUCGAUGCUUGCGUGGCCAAUGACGGCGGAUCAAUAUGUGAAUGCUACGUUGGUUGUGGAUGAAUUGAAAGUGGGUAAGAGAGUGUGUGAAGGUGGUGAAAGUGUUCCUGAUUCGGAUGAGUUGGGUCGAGUUUUGGCUGACUCGGUUGGUGGGAGUGGCGAGGAAAUUGGUGAGGCGUUGAAAUUGCAGCAAGCGGCGUUGGGGGCUGUUAGAAAACGUGGAAGUUCGGAUAUGGAUUUGCGAUGUUUGAUGGAACAACUAGUUUUAUGAUUUUGAAAAGUAAAAAGAAUAAGGUUUAGCUCUUUGAGUUAUUUCAUGCUAUCAAUUGUAAAAAGUUAUAAUCAUUAAAACUCAAUGAAUGACAAAGACAAAGAGAAUAAACAAAAAUUGUAACAAUA